UCCCUCCUCUCUUCUCUUACCAACUGAAUGCUAAUCACAUGACCAGGCAGGGCUGCUGCUGCUGCAGCUGGUGUUGUCGAGCUGUCAAAGAUAAUACUAACUGUCAACCACACACUUAUUACUGGAUUCAUUUGAUUUUCACUGGCGUGAUGGAGCUAUUAUGGGGUGGGUUGUACACCCCGUGACAUGUGGACUGAAGCAAGAAUCUCCCCAUCUUGCAUCUCUUCUCCAUAAACACAGCCCUCUGCUGUCAUGGCCUCCAGUUAUCCACCCCCCUUUGAGGGCACAGGGGAAGUGAAGGAGGGCUUUCUUUGCCCGCUGUGCCUGAAGGACCUUCAGUCGUUCUACCAACUCCAAGACCACUAUGAAGAGGAGCACUCUGGAGAUGACCGCCAUGUUAGGGGACAGCUCAAAAGUUUGGUUCAGAAGGCAAAGAAAGCCAAAGACAAGCUAUUUAAAAGUGAUGGAGAUGACAGACCGGAUACAGGCAGUUAUGAGUCCUUUUACUACGGUGGAGUGGACCCCUACAUGUGGGAGCCUCAGGAACUGGGAGCGACCAGAAGUCACCUGGACUUCUUUAAAAAGCAUCGGGCAGCAAGGAUAGAUCACUAUGUUAUUGAGGUCAACAAGCUCAUCAUUAGACUGGAAAAGUUGACAUCGUUUGACAGAAUCAACUCCGAUGCUGCCAAAAUCAGAGCCAUUGAGAAGUCAGUGGUGUCAUGGGUGAAUGACUCGGAUGUCCCGUUCUGUCCUGACUGUGGAAACAAGUUCAACAUCCGGAACAGGCGGCACCACUGUCGUCUCUGUGGGUCCAUCAUGUGUAGGAGGUGCAUGGAGUUUGUCCCCUUGCCUUUGGCUCAAAAGCUGAUUAAUGGGACGCGAGAGGCCCUGUGUGUACCUGGAAGCCCCAUUCAGUCCCAGUCUCCCCCAGUGGGAGGCGGCGGCGGCAGCGGGAUGGGUUCCAGGAGAGGCAGCAUCAGCAGCCUGAGCAGCGUCACCUCCAUGUUGGAGGAAAAGGACGACGAGAAGAUUCGAUGCUGUCGCCACUGUAUGGACACGCUGCUGAAGAGGCAGCAGAAGUUGGAAGAGAAGGACCACAUGCCGGAUGUGGUGAAACUUUACGAGAGGCUGAGGAUGUGCAUGGAGAAGGUGGAUGAAAGGGCUCCAGAAUACAUCAGGAUGGCCGAGUCGCUUAAUGCCGGAGAAACCACAUACAAUCUUGACACUGCUGGUGGACUGAGACUGGAAGUGCAGAAAUACUACGAGCUUAUCGAUGCCCUGAGUAAGAGGAUUUUAACACUAAGAGCAAAAGAUGACCCACCACCGCGUCCAAAAGCCCUCCAGCUGCAGAAGAUGAUCCGCUAUACGGCUACGCUAUUUGUCCAGGAGAAGCUGUUAGGUCUCAUGUCUUUACCCACUAAGGAUAAAUAUGAAGAGCUGAAAGAAAAGAGAAAACAGGAACAAGAGAAGAGACUCCAACAAGAGAGACUGGUAACCCAGGACACCCUGAAGAAGAGGCAGGAGACUGAGAGAAACCGUCCACCUCCCAGCACCAACGGAGAACUGCCGCAGGCACCCAGAGCUCCGCACAUGACCAAAGCUGGUGGAUGGUUGCCCUCCGCAGACUCCGUCCACACACGCAGCGAGCUGGAAGACCCCCUCCUGCAGCAGAUUGAGAACAUCCAGUCAUUCCUUCGUCAAGCGCGGGAGGCCAAGAGGACGGACGAGGUUGCCAUGUUGGAGGAGAACCUGCGUCAGCUGCAGGAUGAAUACGACCAGCAGCAGACCAGCCUGGCCAUCGCGCUCUCCCAGAAGCUGGCCCAGCAGGAGAGCUUGCAGCAGGGGGAGCUCGAUCGUCUCGAAGCCCGGGAAAGGGAGGAGAGGGAGUAUUGGGGCCCCACUGUGGGCUCCACCCAGCCUUCCUUCACCUGGGAGAGGUCUCUGGAUAUCAGUCCGGCAGGGGGCUUACAAGGAGAGGAAGAUACUGAAGAAGGGGACCUGACUCCAAAAGCUGAGAGGAGUCCAUCCUCCGUAAGAGCGUUCCCUGCUCUCACAAGCCAAGAGGAGUCGCCUCCAAGGUUGAGGAGCUUAGGGGGCCACGUAACCCCCCCUGGUGGUGAAGGACAGAACGCCGCCUCCCUUAACCCUUUCGAUGAGGAGGACUCUACUCCCGUUGAGGAGGAUCCAUCCAAUCCGUUCUCUGAGGACAUAAAGAGGGAACACAAAGAGGUGAGCAAUGGGAAGAAAGAAUACAACCCAUUCGAUGAAGACGAAGAAGUCGUGGAGGACAAACAGGCUGAGGCCGCACCCGGCAACCCCUUUGAGGACGGCGAUACCGACAAAGGUAACCCUUUCCUGGAAGCCUCUGGGAAUUCUCCAGAAGUCUCGACCAAUCCCUUCGACGGAGACGAUGACGACGAGGUUUUGCCCGACGUGGACAUGAUAGAGGAGGAGCUGCUGCUGCAGCAGAUCGACAACAUAAGGGCCUACAUUUUUGACGCCAAGCUCAGCGGGCGUCUUGACGAGGUGGAGCUCCUGUCAGAGAACCUCAGAGAGCUACAGCGCACCCUACAAGAACAGAAGAAAAAGAAGCACUGACACCUUUCCCUAAAAAAAAAAAAACCCUGAUUACCUGCUACUUACCAAGUCCUGCAAGGCUAGCUCACUUUACAUGACUCAUGAGCCCACUGGUUUUAGUUUGGGUGAGGUCUGCUGCACCACAAAAAGAUUAGGUUAGUUUCAAAAUUAAAUAAGUACUAUAGCUCAGUCGUCUGGAGUGACUCCAAAACAUCUUUCUAAACCACUUAUCCUGUACAGGGUCGCAGAGGGCUGGAGCCUAUCCCAGCAUGCACAAAUUUUAAGCACUGCAAAUUGUACAGGCAUGUUGCUGAAGAUAUUAACCCUGUCGUACAGUAUCAGGGACAACACAAACAAUGGAAGACAAGAAUGCAAUUUGAAUGUUUUUUUUUUAAUUGUCAGAUGGUUGUUUGAGUUGAGUGUGGCCGAGGAAGUUAGGAUGUAUGAUUUGGAUCUCUGGUAGAAGCGAUGAACUAAGUCAAAAUGUAAUUGUGGCCGAGGGUGAACAAAUGGGAGCCACAAAGCACUUGAUGCACGUUAAACUAAAGGUUUUAAACAACUUUUUUUCACAUUUGCAGUAGUACUCCCCAAGACCUGUAAACAGACUUUGAUGUGUAAAAUCGGUGGAGUUGCCCUUUAAUUCCACUGAUAUUAGUGCCAUCUUGUACCUAUAACUUUGGUUUAUUUAUGGUAAUUGAACUUCCUGCUGUUCAUUGAACCAAAGAACCAAACCAUGCAUUACUGUUCUAUCUGUUCUAACAACAUUCAAAAUAAACAACAAAAUAACCAUCUGAUAAUUUAAUUAGAAACAAAUGAUAUGAGACUUUUAUGACCAUAUUUGGGCAGUGUUUGAAGGAAACUGAUCAUUCAAUAAGUUAUAUAUAACUUAUAUAAGAUAUAUUAAAAUGUAAUCACAGGGUUAAAUUUCUAAUUAAGUCACACGACCUGCACCCAGAGCCUGUGACCACUUUGUGUCAUAACGGAAAUUAAAGGCACAUUACACAGAAAUAAGCCAUUCUUGUUGUGUAACUGUCACUCGUACGGACUAUGAUGACGUUAUCAGAGGGAAAAGCUUUUAAUCUGUAAUCAUACUAUAAAUAACCACAUGUACAUCUGCGUCAUCUACAUUAUGACAGGAGUUGAAUAAGUAUUUGUUCUAACAGCUGUUCAUUUCUGUGUCAGUGAAAGUUGCUUUUUCUGUAGCACUGAAUUCAAAUGUUAAUCGGUCUCUGUCAGGUGAUAUCUGCAUGGUCUUACUCAAGCAGAUUCGGUUCAGUAAUUAUUUUGUGCAUCUUGUCUCGUAGGCCUUGGCAUGGUUGCAUUUUAGACCGUAAUUUUUGUUUUAAACAGCAUCUUAAAUGCCACAUUGAGCCAAGUGAACAAAACGUUUUCCACGUCCUACUGUGCGACCCCUAAAGGUUGUGAUCUUAUUGUUAACAGUGGCACUACUGAUCCACCUGAGCACUUGGGUUGCAUGAUUUGUGUCUGUGCUUCUUUGACGUGCUGUUUAUCGCUGGUCUUUCUAUAGAUAGUGGCCAAGCUUGUCUUCCUUUCAUUUUUUUAUACAAUUCUUUUCUCAACAAAUAGCUCCUGUUCCGUGCUUUCGGCCAAGAUCUGUAUGUAAAGCAUCCAACCAGCACUAAUUAUGAACAUACUAAACACUAUCUGCCAAGGCACAACAUAGGCAAGUCAACAAAUAAAACAGAAUUCACUAAAACCCCAGUGUGCACAGGCGUUUAUCUGUAUUUGUAAAGAUCAAUUUAAUUCUUAGGUCAAUGCAACAUUUUAGACAGGUUUUACUUUGUCAGAUAAAUUAACACUACAUUGAAUACCAGCAAGUAUUAUCACUCACAGUGCUGCUAAGUCCUUACAUGAGUUUGUCAUAGUGCUUUCCUGUCAGUCAGAAUGUCCAUGUUUCUCUUCAUGGUGUUGAUCUCGCACUGCUCAUCUGUGACGUCCACAGAAGAUUUGAAGUAAAACGUGACACUGUAAACGUUUUGUGACCGCAGUGUGAGUAACUCGAGGAGCUUCUUCAUGUAUAUUAGCAGUUGAUUUUUAGCUAAUUUGGUCAAAUAUUUCAGACACACAUUAUUAACUUUAGAAAAUUCCAUCUCAGCACCAAUAAAAAAAGUUGUCUCUGUAAAA